AUGACGUAACACCCAGUCUGAAAGUGCAAUGGCGAUAUUGGACAAUAACAGCCGUCGCGUUUGGGGACCACAUCUGUAUUAUGUGGCUAACGUUAAAGAAGACAAUUCCAGCCGGCUGCAGAACAACGUUUAAUCUCGGAGCGCAGCGCGACCAGGAGCGGUGAUCAGACGGCCGCUGCCCGCGAUGACAGUUUAGUGUGGUGUGACGUGUGAACAGACACCAUGGCCACACAGGAACCGUCCCCUCCUUCGUCCAUGGAGAGCAAUAAACCCGGCUUCCCUAAGAAGAUCCUGGGCAACAAGCUGGAGGACAAGCACCUGUGCAACUGCUGCCACAACAUACUCAGACGGCCGUUUCAAGCCCAGUGUGGACAUCGCUUCUGUUCCUACUGCUUCAACAGGACUGUGAGUAAUGGACCUCAGAAAUGCAACGCCUGCAUUAAAGAGGAUAUUUUUGAGGAUCCUACAUCGAUUUUGAAACAAGGAUGUGCUUUUCCAGACAAUGCAGUUCGAAGGGAAGUUGAAAGUCUGUCAGCUGUUUGUAUCAAUGAAAGUUGUACUUGGAAAGGCAGCAUCAAAGACUACGAGCUGAACCACGAGGGGAGGUGUGAGUUCAUGAUCAUCCCCUGCCCUUCCUGCAAAGAACGAAUCCGCUACAAUGAGCAGGAGCGCCAUAAUGAGCGGGAGUGCCCAGAGAGGACGCUCAACUGCAAGUACUGCAAGGAGCCAUUUCACUUCAAAAAUAUCAAGGCACAUGAUGAGAUCUGUCCCAAGUACCCAAUGAUCUGUGAAGGCUGUGCCAAGAAGAAAAUACCCAGAGAAAAGUAUGUGGACCAUAUUAAAUUCUGCAGCAAAUUCAGAACUCCGUGUCGAUUUCACGUCGUGGGAUGUGACAUGUCUGUGGAGAAGGAAAAGAUUCAUGACCACGAGCGCGCCUACGCCUACGAGCACCUCAACCUGCUGCUGCACUACAUUAUGGGCAUGAAAGUGAGCAUGGAGGGCCUGCAGCCCCAGGGACUGGAACUAGCCGGACACAAACUGGUGGAACUCCAACAAUCCCUCAGGGAACUCGAGGCCAGAGUCUCCCAGCUCAGCACCACCUCCUCUGGGCCUCCCGUGCAGGGAGCUGCCGCCUCCUCCUCAUCCUCAAGCUCCGGCCCUCCUGGUCCACCCACCUCGGCUCCUCUCCCUCCGCCUCCCACUCUGGCUCCCACUCUCUCCGUGUCUACCUCCUUCACUCCUCUGCCCAGCUCAGUGGGAGCAGCGCUGGAGCUCCAGCUCCACAGCGAGAAGACCAAGGUGGCCGAACUGGGCCGCAGGUGCACCGAACUCGAGGUGAAAUCUGGAACGUUUGAAAAUGUGGUGUGUGUCCUAAACAGAGAGGUGGAGAGGUUCGCCACCACCAUGGAAGCCAGCAACCGUCAGCAUAAACUGGACCAGGACAAGAUCGAGGCCCUGAGUAAUAAGGUGCGACAGCUGGAGAGGACAGUGGGGCUGAAGGACCUGACAGUUGCUGAGAUGGAGGGCCGGCUGAGGGAAAUGUCCGCCACCACCUUUGAUGGCGUGUUUGUCUGGAGGAUCUCAGAUUUUGCCAAAAAGAGACAAGACGCCAUCGCAGGUCGAGCCCCUGCCAUGUUCUCACCAGCCUUCUAUACCAGCAAGUACGGCUAUAAGAUGUGUCUACGGAUCUAUCUGAAUGGAGAUGGGACGGGGCGUGGCAGCCACUUGUCCUUGUUCUUUGUGGUGAUGAGGGGACUGAGUGAUGCUCUGCUCAAAUGGCCCUUCAACCAGAAGGUGACUCUGAUGCUGCUGGACCAGAGCAACAGGGAGCACAUCAUCGAUGCCUUUCGACCUGACGUCACCUCCUCCUCCUUCCAGAGGCCUGUCAGUGAGAUGAACAUUGCCAGUGGGUGUCCACUCUUCUGCCCUCUCUCCAAGCUCGAUGCCAAGAACUCUUACAUCCGUGAUGACACCAUCUUCAUCAAAGCGAUCGUGGACCUCACCGGCCUCUAGGCGGCUCCGCAGGGUGGUACAGUUUGGCAACCAGGCAGCUCUUUGACCAUUAAGGCUUCAUUUUGGCUCAAAUGUGGUCCCUUUAGGCCUCUGUUCGGGCAUCUCGCUGUCCCCUGAAGCUUUGGGGUGACAAACAUGCUUGCGACUGUGUGCUGCAUGUGGCCGCUCAGUCCAGACGGCGCCGGCAUCGUCAUGCCUGGUGGUGUGUGUGUGAGAACCGCCGUCAUUGUUGUACAUUUUGGGUGCAAAACUUCUUUCUUUUCACAUCACAUCAUCACCCCUGUGGUGAUGAAAUCAGUUCUGCACAUAAGUUUUCUGUUAAAGGACACUGAAGCGAGCAGCAGUGCCGUGUGGUCAGUGCAGUGUUCAGCAGAAGCAGAGAUGUUACGAUGAAGAUUGAACAGUGUCUUUUUUUAAUCUCCCACCUUUGAAGAGUUGGGAGGCUGCAGAACAUGCAAACUGUGUUAGAGCAGGAUUGUAGAUUCCUGAUAGUUCAUGUGAUCAUUCCGAUAAAGCUGGCAGUAGACUUGUAAUAGAGUUAGAGCGUGGCUUGAUGCUUCUUCUUGAAGAUUAUGGAUAUUGUGAGCUUCCAGUGUCGAGUGAAUUUGCAUAGACAAACGUGGAGUUAUGUUAUGAAUAAGAUUACAGGCAUUCUUUCUUUUGGGUUUUUAAACAAAAUGCAUGCCGCUGGCGUUUUAAGUAUAAAAUUGCUCCUUAUUUCGACUGAGCUUCACGAAGGUUCCUCGUUCGUUGUUAAACUUGUUAGUGAAUUAGCCAUCCGUGAUGGUGGACAUUGCCUGCAUGUCUUUGGAACCAGGGUAUUUACAUGUAAAGUUAGUGUUGCGUAUUUGUUCCUAUUAGGGGUCGGUGGUUCUGGUUGGUGGUUUGGUACAUCUGUGGAAGAUACAGUGGAGUUACCAAGGAGUCAGGGCAGCUUGCCAAGUCAAGCCUGAGGCAUAAAACUUACAUGCGUUUUUGUCUCUGACAAACAUACAUCGCUGGAGUUUUCCCCAGGAUAUGCUCACUAGCUCACAUCUCAACACAUAGUGCUGUGCCCCACCACAGACUGAGGUCAACACAGAUUCCACGAAAUGAAGGAAUUGUUCGUUCCUUGUUUUCUGUCCAUACAGUUUACAGUGCGUAUGUGUUUCUGCUGCUAUAAGAUAGAAUACUGAUGUGAAUCUAAUAUAUAUGUUGGUGCAAAUAUACAAAUAUGUGUGGAGGUAGACGGGCUGGAAACAAGAGAUUGUAAUACAUUGUUGUAGGGCCAUUGUUGACAUUAUUUAUUGCAGAUGGAUGUUGAGUGCAGCCCCAGAUUAGUGUUUUAGUGUGCUCUCACAGAUUUCCAAUAAGGCACCACAAAUCGAAUCAUAAUAUCCGAUUAAAGUGAGAUGUAAUUUUUCUACCAGAGAUUGCUGUUACUUAGCAUGCAUGCUGAGGUUUUAAGGUUCACGCUGGCCUGUUUGGAAACCAGUCUCGACCUGUAUUGAAACCUCUCUGUGCAUGGGAGGCUUCAAUUCAUAUUCACUAUGGAGUUUCGCACCGGUUUACCCCGUGAGCUGCGUGCGAAAGCAUUUAUUUGUAUUUGUUUGGAUGAAACUAAUCGCAGAAUAGUUAUUAUGUUAUAUCUGGCGCCGCGUCUGCUCGACAGAAACGGCCGCCUAUAUUCAUAGCAAUUUAUAAAUAUGUAUCUUUCAUAUCAUAAUGUUGAAAUAAUCUAUAUAUCAAUGUUAAUAUACACAAGAUAUUAUAAUAAGCAUAAUAUUACUGGAUACCUUAUUAAUUCUAUAUCUAUAUACCAGCUUUUUGUUUGAUGGUUUGAACAGGCCAGGACAACCCCGUAGGAUUCUUUCUGGAGUGCAAUACAUGAUCAGACAUCUCGGCUUUAAGGGUUCACAGAGAUCACACUCGACUCAUUUGUUGCCAUUCGUUUACAUUACUCAUUAUGGUGCCGAAGAACUGCAACCAAUUUUGAACUCUCCAAGGAAAUCCGGUGCUUUCCUUGUCAUUAAACAUACACUACAUGGGAAUCUCUGAUCAGUGGCUAUUCAUAACUGGCUGAGCAGGCUUUUAGAAAGACCAUUUUAAUGUUAAGGAGUUCUUGCUAUAUACAGUAAGUGGGUUUCUAUUCUUAACUUAAAACCUUUCAAUGAAGACUGAGCAUGUAAUAAGUAGGAUUACAUGGAUUUUUUUUUAAACCUUGAGUGUUUCUGUAACGUGCCAAAAGCAAAUAUUACCUCCAUAUACUAACGUUGUGCAAGUUGUAUUUUAUGUUCUAUGCUAAAAUAUGGUGCCAAAUAAGUUUGUUUGUGUGUGUGUGUGUGUGUGUGUGCGCGCGCGUGUGUGUGUGUGUGUGUGUGUGUGUGUGUGCGUGCGUGUGUGUGUGUGUGUGUGUGUGUGCCAUUUUGAAAUGAUGCAUGGGGCCAUUACUUGUUUGAGCACCAGAGGAGAUCAUUACGACUGUCCCCAGAUGACAGAAGACCCUCCGGAGGUUUCUGAAUGUAAUCUUUAAUUCAGUUGUUUUUUUUCUUUUCUAAAAACACAACAGCAGUUCUGUCAUGUGGUGCAGUUGACCUGAACCAACUUUAUUUGUGCACUUUGUACUGUUUGUUUGUCCGAACAGGGUAUUUUGUUGAGUGAUUUAUGUACCUUGAAAGCAGAGCCAUAUAUAUUCUGAUGUUGAUAAUUGAUGUAUUCUGCUAAAAAAAAAAAAAGAAAGAAAAGGAAAUGCAGUAUGUAAUAAAAUUUGUUGGUUUCA